CCUCCCACCACUACCACCAACUUCUGGCAACUUACGACCUAUAUCGGCGCUCUCUUUUUCAUACAGAAUCCCCUAAACUCUCCAUACAUAUACUAGACUUGCUGAAAUGGCGGGUCCUGUUGACUACUACAAGGUUCUCGAGGUUGACUCAAAGGCAACCCAGCAGCAAAUCCGCGAUGCAUACAAGAAAGCGGCCUUAAAGCACCACCCUGACCGUGUGCCCGCCGAAUCACCCGAACGUAUUGCGCGAACCAAGCGCUUCCAACAGAUCAACGAUGCUUACUACACGCUCUCCGACCCAACACGCCGUAGGGAGUACGACUCCACGCGCACGUAUUCAAGCUUCACCGGCUCAACCGCUACCCCCGAAAGCGAAUUCGAAGAAGAGAUCCCCCGCGCUUCAGGUGGUGGGUUCCCUUGGUCCGCCUUCGGCUUCGGCGGCGCGCCUGCAGGCAACACCGAGGAGUCGCACGAUCGCUUCUCGUCGGAUCAAUUUGGCAGUGUGUUCGAGGAGAUGCUUCGCGAGGAGGGGAUGGCGGAGGGCGAGAAUGCAUCUCCUACGGGCAAGUUCUGGAGUCUGGUGGGCGGACUGAGUGGGGGCGCUAUGGGUUUCAUUGUCGCUAAUUUCCCGGGUGCUGUGGCUGGCGCCGUCGCAGGAAACAGGCUCGGUGCUGUGAGAGAUGCGCGGGGGAAGAGCGUAUACUCUGUCUUUCAAGAAUUGCCGCAGGCAGAUAAGGCAAGGAUGCUGAGCGAUCUGGCGGCAAAGGUGUUUGCCCAUGCGGUAGGCUCGUAA